AUGAGCUCGAUACGCACAAGGGCGGACAAUGAGCGAGCCGAACCGCAAGUGCCGAUGAAGCAUAACAUGAUCGAGUUUCGACAAAUGGAGGCUGCUGCUAGUGUUAAAGAUAUCGAGUGCGCAUAA